AUGGAGCACCCUCAGGGAUUUGCUUUCAAUCAACCAGUUGAUCCUGUGAAGCUGAUUCCUGAUUAUGUAAUCAUUGAACCAAUGAAUUUAGUAACGAUAAAGUGUAAGCUAGAGGACAAAACAUACUUUUAUGAAGAGGAAUUUGCUAGUGAUGUUAGUCUAACUUUUUCAAGAAUAGAGCUUUUGAAAAUAUCAAGCAGAAAGAAGACGGAAACUAUUAGCUGGAAAGAUAGAGCGAUAAAGGUUCUUUGGAUGCAACGGAAAACAAGAAGACUAAAUUUAAUGGUGCAGACAAUUUGGAGCCUGCAAAAACAACACAAAGUGGGCGCCAGGCUAGUGAAUACUUUUCAUAAGGAUAAUGGCAAUCAAAGUGCAUUUGCUGCUUCUGAUAGAAAACAACCAUUUGAUUUCCCUGCAGUCAAAUGUGCUGCAUGUGGUAGUCUGAUCCAAUUUGGAGUGCUUUUCAUCUUUAUUCAGAUUCUUCUUCAGGAAGAUCAUGAUCGUGAUCACUAUGGUGAUUCUAUAUCUGAUUGUCAGCUUAAAUAUCCCGUGACAUCUCAUACAAGAUGA